AUGGCUUCGCAUCUCUGGCAAAGAAAGAUCCUUCCAGAAAGUGACAAUGGACAGACUGGAGAGUUCGGGACUUCCAAAGCCUCCAGACGGGGGCCUCCAGAAAGCCGAGCUCCACCGGCUCUUCUGGGCAAGCCCCUGAAAGCAGAUGACUUCGAAAGCUGCAACAAGUGUGAAGAUGAUGACGAUCCGCUCGACCCUUUUGGCUUGCCUUACAUCCGUCCAUCGCAUCGCAUCAGCGAAGCACAGUUCCUGGCAAGAGGUCAGUUCCCAUCUGCUGCUCAGCAGAUUCUGCGUGAUCUACGGCAUGGAGCCGACUGCAGGAGACGGGCAAGUGCUCCUGCAAUCACUGCAAUCGCUUCCGAAUUCAAGGGGCCGGCUGGGCCGGUCCAAGCCCGCAAACGAGCCACGGUUUGCGCGCACCACCUGGUCGAGAUGGAGCAUCCCUUUGCGGCAAAUCGCCGAGAGGAGACGCUGGGUCUUGGCGCUUUUCCUAUCUUUCCACUGCCGGAGACACCUCAAAAUGGAGAUGAGGAGCCCAAGGAGGUCCAAACCGAAAGAAGCUUGGCCAGCAAGGCCUUGGCAAAGCAAUCCUCAAGGAUAUCGGUUGCUACAUCGAGCAUGCGAUGGAGGCAACCGGAAAGCACCCUGAUAAUCGUGGAUUGGGACGACACUAUUUUUCCUACAAGCUGGCUACAGCACAAGGGUUGGUUCGCACAGUGGCUUGCUUCUGGGAAGCUUGGAACCUUCAUGGAACGAGACGAGCUGGCUAUCCCAUCGAAUGAUUGCGCUUUGAUGGAUGAGCUAGACACAGUCAUGGAAGCCUUCCUCCAGUCUGCCUGUGCACUCGGACAAGUUAGCUGUGUAACGUUGGCCCGAAGGCCGUGGCAAGAGCGAACUAUGAAGGCUUUCCUUCCAAAGUUGUCAGAUGUCUGGGACAAGCACUGCAUUGUCGUGCGAUACGCCCGUGAGGAGAAGUCUGUCCAUGCAGACGACUGUGGGUUCACUCCAUUGGACAAGCAAGACUAUGAGAUGGUGCGACAAGUGACCUUUGCAAAGAAGAAGCAGAAGGCCAUGGAACGGUUGAUGCGAAAGUUCUACAAGAAAGGAAGCUGGAAAAACGUGAUCAGCCUCGGUGACGGGCCAGCAGAGCGCCAGGCACUCCAGGAGAUCGGAUUCCGCCACAUGAACCCAGCAAGUCCCAAAACGGGAGAGCAAAAAUCCUUCAGAACGAAGUCUGUCAAGAUGCUGGAGGAGCCGGCUUGCUCUGAGCUCAUCGCGGAGCUUCAAAUGGUGCAAGCCUGGCUGCCUGCGUUGGCAUCUUUGGAUGAGGACGUUGACAUAGAUCUCGCUGAAGGCGAGGAAGCGCUCCUAGACAUACAUCAGCAACUAAUGGAUGUUGUGGUGGGCUUAGCUUCCUGCACGGGCCAGAGAAUCGCCGUCCGAUUUUAUUCUCCUGUAGGCAGUACCCGUGGACUUGAGCGUUUGGUGCUGAUGCGGGUAACGGAGAUCAAAGGGGGUCAAUGCUUCGCAUGUGCGUUAAACCCCGAAGCUGAAACCGGAACUGGAACCUUACCGCUCAGCAGCAAGCUGAGUACCACUGUGUCCUUUCCCAGGACCGUCCGAGCAUACAUUUCGGUCGUAUUCUUUCAGUCGCCUGUCACGGGCCAUGUGUUCUGUGCUUCAGAUGCCUUCUAUUGCCUCCUGCUGCCGAGGGUGGUGAACUUAGACCCUGCAGCAGAAAACUUUGCUUACGACUGCUAUGUUGACGUACGUGAUUUGAUUUCAGUGGAUGACGUCAUGGAGGAGCUUGACUACGGACCCAAUGGCGGGCUUGUCUAUGCCAUGGAGUACCUGUCGGAGAACAUGUCUUGGCUGGAGGAGCAGGUUAGCGAUGCAUUAGAUGAUGACUACUACAUCUUCGACUGUCCUGGGCAGAUCGAGCUGUACUCACACUUGUCAGUAAUGCGGGAGGUCGUUGACAUGUUGCAGAACGAGGACUUUCGAGUCGCGGGAGUUUACUGCAUCGACGUCAAUUUCAUUGAGGACGGUGCAAAGUUUCUUUCGGGGGCUUUGACAGCAUUAACUGCGAUGAUCAACCUGGAGUUGCCCCACAUCAAUGUGCUGACGAAGUGCGACCUGCUUCCGGAAGGGGCAGAUGUGGAACGCUUCAUCGAAGGCGACUCCGAGGCCAUUUUGUCAGAGCUCCGUGGGUCCAUGCAUCCCAGGUAUCGGAAGCUCAACGAAGCCCUCGGGCAGGUGCUUGAAGAGUACUCUUUGGUAAGUUUCGUCGCGCUCAAUCGCGACGACGAGGAUUCGAUCGAGCUGUGCCUUGCACAUAUCAAUCAUUGUAUCCAGUAUGGAGAGAAUCUGGAGCCAGAAGGUGCCUUCGACAUGCCUGAUGACGACAUGGGCUACGAUGUUUCUGCCUCUGACUCUCUUUCCAAUGAUCUCCCUGCCAUGUCGCGGGAUAUCGUCAGCAAUGAGCAUGCGACUUGUGCCGGUGCCCUUGGCCUCGUCGAAGACGAGCCAGUGCUACAUCUUCGAGUGCGAUCAGCACAUCCAGGUCAGCGCGAUGCAGACUGUAUCAACCUCCUCGUCUUGCCCUUCAACACCUGCAAUAUGAUAAAAGCACGCUUAAAGGAGCAGCGCCCUGGCCUAAAAGCUGUGCGCGACAACGAUAUCAGGCUCCUGCACAAGGGCAUCGAGCUUCGUGGGGGUUAUCCCUUGGAUUACUACCUUCACAGUGCAAAUGCAGAGAGUCCGGCUGAGCUCCAAUACCUCAUCAUCAAUCACGGGGCAGAGAAGACCAAGGCGGCACGGGACAUUGGGCUGUACACGGCUCAGCAAGUCCCCACCGCACAGGAGUUACAGGACUUGGUGGAGAUAAUCACAGAUGCAUUGCAUGGCGGAAUCAAGCCUUCGCUGACUGACGAUGGAACGGGGGCGACGUACAUGCUUCGUGGUGCGUCAUCUCCGAAACCUCUGGCUGUGUUCAAGCCCAAAGACGAGGAAGCGUUUGCCCCAAAUAAUCCACGGGGCUAUCAGGGAAAGGAGAACUCUGUCGGCCUGCGGCCUGGCAUCCUCUCGACGCAGCAAGCUGCCCGCGAGGUUGCGGCCUAUCUGCUUGACCACAAAAAUUGGGCGGGAGUGCCUGCCACCACUUUGGUACAUGCCAAGCAUGAGAAGUUCGUCAAUCCUGACAAAAGCAAGGUUGAAUGGAAGGUUGGAGCGUUCCAACAGUUUGUGAAUUCAUGUGGCACCUCUGGCGACUUCGGGAUGUCAGUCUUUAGCGUUUCAUCUGUGCAUAGAAUUGGAAUCCUGGAUGUCCGGAUCAUUAAUUUGGACAGAAACGACGGGAACCUUCUUGUUACCGAGAGCAAGAGGCCGAAGCUCAUACCCAUUGAUCAUGGCCUGUCUCUCCCCGACAGACUGGAGGUGUAUACGUCCGAUGUGGUCUGGAUGGACUGGCCGCAGGCGAAGAAGCCGUUUGCUCAAGCCGAGCUGGACUACAUUAGGAGCCUGGAAGCGGAGAAAGAUGCCAAGAACAUCGAGAUGCAGCUUGGAAUUCGCCGGGAAUGCCUGCGCUUGCUGGAAGUAACGACGAAGUUACUCAAGUUCGGCGCAGACCGUGGACUUACACUUCACCAAAUAGGCCAGAUUCUUUACAGAGAAGAUCCGGAUGAUGGCGACGGCACCCACAAACCCAGUGUGCUCGAGGGGAUUAUCUCCAGAUGCGUCGAGUCUGCGCUUGCGGCCAUUGGCCAAUCUUCCGGAACAGCUUCCUCGACGGUGGAGAGCCUUGACCUGUUGUCGUCCUGGCGGCCGGAAGCGAAGGGUUUACGUCGGCAAGUUUCUGGCGGUGGUGGGCAGGAUCAUCAUCCAUCCCCACUACCGUCGCCGAAUAUCGGGCCAGGCCGGCCGCCCACGGAGGGUAUCUUCACACCACUGGAAAGUGGUGAGUCUGACUCGUUUGAAUUGUCCAGAGCAGCCAGUCCCGAGGGAAUCGGCAUAUCUAUGCAGCUUGAUGGACGCCCAUUGAGCUCAGGUGAACAAUCUGGAAACGAGAUUCCGACCUUUGACAUGGAACCCAAGGAGGACAGCCAAGACGAGCUGGCAGAAGCACGGAGGAGAAGGCGCGGCACAGCCGGCAGAUACAGGCACCAUCUUUCCGUCCGGCCUUCUGCAGCUCGCGUUGCAGCUAAGGAGGGUUCAGGCAGCGAUGCAUCAAGCGGAAUCUUCGCAAUACCCGGCCGGGGCGGCUUCCAGUGGCCGUCGAGGCUCGAGAAGGCUUUCUUCCGCCAUCUGACAGUCGAACUCUGCCGCUACAUUGACAAGCAUUUUCCUGCAGCAGCAGCAGUAACAGCAAGAGCUGCGGACGAGGUCCAGUGA